AUGUUCAAAGUGUUUGGACCACAUACCGAUACUGCCCGAGCCCCGUUAAAUAGGACUACGGACGACCUCUUGGUCGUGAACGUUUUGCACUGUGGCCCAGCGUCAAAAAUCAUUCUUUACGAAAAUAGUCAGAGAUACUUCUUGGAUGCUAGGCCGCCCCCGAAAGAAAAAGACGACACAGGUCUACUUGAAGUUUCAAGAAAUUCCAUCAUUCGGCCUGGAAUCACCGCCACAACACAAGAGUUGCCUAAUGGUGGUUUGGUGAUAUUGGAUGGGCGGUUCUUCAGCACGAUUAUACAAGGAGUCGUCAUCGAGGUAGCGUUUGCCGAUGAGAAGGAACUCAAGGAAUGGAAUCGGAUGUUGUACCCAGACUCUACUCUACUAAAAAACAUGGUGCAGAGCAUGGAUACAGAGAAGAUCAAAAUGAACAUCAAAUUUGGGCCAGUGGAAACACCAAAAUAA